AUGGGCAAAUCUAUCCUCCUCAUCAACGGUCCCAACCUUAACCUCUUGGGAACUCGCGAACCCCACAUCUACGGCUCAACCACCCUCGCCGACGUCGAGAAGAACGCCAAAGAACAGGCUAAGGGCCUCGGUGCCACCCUCGAGUCCUUCCAGAGUAACCACGAAGGCGCAAUUGUCGAUCGUGUCCAGGCUGCGCGCGGAAAAGUCGAUGGCAUCAUUAUUAACCCCGGCGCUUAUACGCAUACCUCCGUUGCGAUCCGCGAUGCGUUGCUGGGUGUUGCUAUUCCAUUUAUUGAAUUGCAUGUGAGCAAUGUUCAUGCGCGUGAGCCGUUCAGACAUCACUCUUAUUUCAGUGAUAAGGCGGCUGCUAUUAUUGUUGGAUUGGGAGUUUAUGGAUAUAAGGUUGCUGUUGAGCAUGUGGCGGUUAAUUUCAAGGAGUUGGAGAAGGAGACUAAGGCUGCGCUAUAG